UUUGAAGUCUUAAAUUUAAGAUCUUUGGUCCAUUUUGAAGUGAUUCUUGUGCUGAUAGAGAGAUAGUCACCUAGUUUCAUUCUAUGUGGGAAUGUCCGGUUCCCUAGCACCAUUUGUUUCUGUGGAGAUACCAUGCUGUUUCUGUUACUGUGGCUCUGGAGGGUAAGUUGAUGAUAGGUAUUGUGAUAUUUCCAGCAUUGCCUUUUCUGUUUAGGGUUGCUUUGUGCUUUCAUACUAUUUUAGGAUUGCCUUUUCUAGUUUUGUGAGGAAUGUAACUGAAAUUUUGAUGGGGCUUGUGUUCCAAGGGUUUAUUUUGAUGCUCUUCAUAACAUCUUGAGGUGUAUGUGCUUAGCUCAGUAAUGCCAGGCUUCCUUUUUAAACACAUUCAUUUAAGGAUAUAUAGAAUUUGCAAAUUCCAUAACUUACAAAGUAUAUUAUGUAGUGCAUUCAUUGUUAGAUGAAAAUAUUGUUCAGAAUCUCAUUAUGACUUACCUUUUGACUCAACUUAUUGACAGUAAUUUAAGAAGAUGAUAUUUACAUAGUGCUUGAGGGUUUUAUGCUUAUAAUUGCAAUAUUUUUGAUGUUUUCAUUGAUGCUGAAAGUAAAUAGCUUCAUGUACAUUUGGAUCUAUUCUCACCCACAAUUAUUAGCCAGUGUAUGGAUGGAAAGGAUAAUACAAUUUAUUCUUGUAUAUAUUUCAGAUUUGCUAUUUGAGUUAUUGUACAUUUCUCACCUCGAGUCCAAACAUUUCUUUAUAGUUAAGUGAAGUUUCCAUUCAUAUUUUGUUCUUAUUUGUCUUUAUCGUAGCUGUGUUGGUGUAGAAGAACAUCAUGCUGUUGACAUCGACUUGUAUCACUGCCCCAACUGUGCACUUCUACAUGGUUCUUCCUUGAUGAAGAAGAGGAGGAACUGGCACCGCCACGACUACACAGAAGUGGACGACGGCUCCAAGCCUGUGCAGGCUGGAACUAGGGCCUUUGUGAAGGAGCUCCGUUCUCGAGUCUUCCCAAGUGCCGAUGAAGUCAUUGUAAAGAUGCAUGGCAGUCAGCUGACACAAAGAUACCUGGAGAAACAUGGAUUUGAUGUUCCUAUUAUGGUCCCUAAAUUAGAUGACCUUGGACUCAGGCUCCCUUCACCUGCUUUUUCAGUGAUAGAUGUGGAACGUUAUGUAGGUACGAAAUUGGUUCCUUUAAGUACUUGCAAAAACAUGGUAAAACUAUAAAUGAUAGUGUCCUAA